CUGUGGGCAGUUGUUUGGCGUCACUUUUCGAGUGUGGUGGAGAACACCGGAAGAUCUUGUAGCAAUUAUUUACGAAUAUCUUUGGUAAUUCUGAAGAAUCUGCAUAAGACAUCGAUGAUAUCAGGCGACUCCGGUUAUAAAAUUAUCACUGAUUCGAUCGAAAGAUUCUUCGCGGCUAUCAAGAAGAAAGAUAUCAAGAAAUGGGAUAGUCACAUUGAGUACGCCGUUGAACUGCUGUCAUUUCUCAUUGAUGAGUGGGGUAUAGAAUGCAGAGAUUCAUUGCUCAAUCACUGCAUACCUCUUGCUUCAACGCUCGUGGAAAAGCUCGACUUCUCGUCGCCAACGGCUACUGACGUGGACGUUUUCUGGGCGUUCUUUGAUCGAUUAUUCCACCUUGCUGUGCCCGAUUGUCGUACCAGCUGUUUGGUACCAAAUGAGGCAUAUUCUCUAGCACAAUCUGCAUGUGAUGUACUUAGAAGAGCUUUACUUUCACUUACGCUUGGUCGGGUAGAUUAUGAACUCAAACGUGAAUAUGUGCCGCUAUUUACUAGGAUAUUAUUAAUUGCUGAUUAUACACCGUCUGUUGACUUGGAUGUCAGUGUUGCGUGUUACACCCAACGUGCUAAACGUAGAAGAAGAUUGGAUUGUCUGGAUGUGAGUUUU